AUGUGGAACGUGGCUGGCCAGCUGCUGCUGGGCGUGCUCGGGGCGACCGUUGCCUACUUCGGGAAGGACUUCAUCGCCGACACGCGCGACAGAUUCGAUAAGCUCGACAACAAAAUCGAGAAGCUCGCGUCCAACGACGCCAGGCUCGAGGCCAAGCUCGAUGCCAAGUUCGACGCAUUGAUCCACUCACAGCUGCUGGACCGCGUGGCGCGGCUGGAGGAUGACCGCAUGUCAUCCAGCAGGGGCAAGUAG